GUCCUCUUCAAGUUUCGCUCAGACGUCGACGAGUCACAUCGCGAGACGUUUGUCAAAGAACUCAAAACCCUCAAGACAUUACCAUGUGUGAAAGACGAGCGACUUGUAGUGGGGGGUCCGUCUAUUACGGAUCCGAUUGCGAGGAGUAAAGGCUUUCAGAUUUGUUUGUUGAGUUUUCAUCAUGAUCGGGCUGCAUUGGCGGCGUAUCAGGCGAGCAGUGAACAUCACAGUCCCCCGCACCGAGAUAACCAUCGGCGGCCGGCGGCCAAGACUGACCCACCCCGCACUACUACACUACGGCCCGCCGGCUUCACCACGGCUUUUGAUGAUGGUAGAACGACGACUUGUGAAGGUCUAGAAUCGACCCUCAUCGCAGUCAAUGCCCUGGUAUGGAUCGCUGCGGGCAUUGUUCUGCAUUUCCAUCCACGCCUCAUUUCGCCAGCUGCCCUAUCCUACGUCCUUGGCCUUCGCCAUGCUUUGGACGCAGACCACAUCGCAGCAAUUGACCUGAUGACACGUCGCCUCAUAGCAUCAGGUCAACGCCCUGCGACAGUAGGGACAUUCUUCUCAUUAGGUCACAGCACCAUCGUCAUAGUAACAUGCAUCGUGGUCGCAGCCACAAGCGGCGCGUUGAGGGAAAGGUUUGAUGGUUUUCAGCACGUUGGAAACAUAGUUGGCACUAGUGUCAGUGCCGCGUUCCUUAUUAUUCUCUGCAUCGGAAAUGGCUGGGUUUUGUAUAAGCUCGUUCAACGUUUGCAAGGAAUCCUGCAAGAGCGAAGAAAUCAAGUCCGACUUGAAGGAUUUGUGGAAGAGGAGACACAAAUUCAGGAUCAUUUUGCUUUGGAGGGGGGAGGCUUCUUGACGCGCGUGUUCAAAAGGCUAUUUCGUGUUAUUGACCGACCGUGGAAAAUGUACCCCCUCGGUGUAGUCUUUGGUCUUGGGUUUGAUACAAGCUCAGAGAUUGCUAUACUGGGGAUUGCGAGCAUUCAGGCUGUACAGGGGACGAGUAUCUGGUUGAUUCUUAUCUUUCCUAUUCUCUUCACAGCUGGCAUGUGCAUGCUCGACACCACAGACGGGGCUCUCAUGAUGGCCCUGUAUACAUCCAAGGCAUUCUCGAGAGAUGUAGUCGCUAUUCUUUACUACUCCAUCGUCCUCACAGGGAUCACAGUCGUGGUAUCAGCAUUCAUCGGCAUCGUCCAAGUUCUCUCCCUAAUACAGAACGUCGCCGACCCUCAGGGGCGAUUCUGGGAUGGAGUCUCUUCCAUUGGCGACCACUUUGACAUUGUCGGCGGGAGUAUCUGCGGUGUAUUUCUCAUCGUGGGUCUAGGCUCGAUAUUCGCCACAACUAACAACGUUAACUCAGAGUCUCCGGCCCAAAAGGGCCAAUCAAGUAACGAGGUUGCUUACAUCGACGACGACGACAAGAAAGCCCUGAACAUUUCCAUAGAUGGGAAUUUCGUCUCGUUGCCUUUUUUUGAACAGCCAGUGUUCACCAACCCACUGACGUACAGUCGUGAGGAAACUACAGCUGGCCUACAGGAAGGUAUCAAUCAAUUCUGGGCCGAUGAUGCGGGUGCUGAACAGGGCAAUAUCUUUACCAACAUGCAGAACCCCCCUCAAGUGCAACAGCUUGUAGGUCAAGGGGCACCACCCAGCAUCUCCGCACCCGAUGAGACUCAAUCUUCGAAUAAUCGACUCGCCCCCAGCGCCUUCCUAUCUGUUUUAGAUGAUCAAUUGCCUGUGUACCCCAACAUCGACGAUGACCAAGACCAAACAGAAGUAUCUGCUUCGACCAAUCAAACAGUCAGUGAUCCUGAAAGGGAUGACUCUGCUGUUGAAGGUUUUCCACCAACAGUCCCUAGGAUUUCCAACGACCAGGAUCGUGCGAACGGGGCUAUAAGAGUUGAGAACCCCGUCACUGAAGCCCCUGCGCCUACGAGCGCAGUGCCGAUUGUCCAGAACAGACAGCGGGCUACGGUCCCGAUAGCGACGAAAGCCAGUAUCCCCAAGUCUUCACCUACUCCGGCCGUGAGUGCCACACCUGAUGUUAAACCUAUUCGUCAGGCCAGGACCAGAGCUGUAAAGAGACCCAGGGAAACCAAUUCCUUGCCUCAAGCAGCAGAACUACCUGCUAAUAGAAACGGACGGCUCGCGGCUAAGAGGGUGAAACAUGGGGAGUCCAAUGAGACCAAGCCCCCUCGUUAUAGGCCCAUUACGCCAAAUAUUUUUAGACCUAAUCAACUACCAUGCCAGGUCAAUAUGCCAAAUGAACACCUUCUUCAACGUUUCCCGAAUCCUGCCUCUGCUGAUACUACUUCUGGGAUGAUUCUAAAGUUGAAUUAUAUGAUUGCUUCUUUAGAACAGCAAGAGUAUGCUCAUCAGCAGGCGCAGAUGGGAAUGGAUCCUCGCGGCUUUGCAUCUUCUCACAACGCGAAUACCCCUAUGCCUCCCCCUGUGGCACCUCGGCAGCAUGGUGUUCAGAUGACGAUGGGAAGUAGUCCUCUUGGUCUGAUGUCUUCUCCUAACCAGAGUCCCACUUCGACUGAGGAACCUCUUCCUCACCUGAACAUCCCAUCACGCCCAGGACGUCGGACGCAAAAGUCUUGGAUAGAUAUGGAUCCGCCUAUAACCGUGGUCACCACGGAACAUCCAUCUUUGAGCAGACAACACGGUUACGAUCCUUCCUUGGGGAACCUUCAGCCUGUUCGCUACCCCGCGAUGUAUCCGAUGAACGUUUCCGGGGCAUGUGGCUACAACUAUACAUCGGGCAAUCAUCAAACUGGACCCGGACCUACAAGCAGUCAACCAAACAUGCCUGCACAAUAUAACUACGGUCCUCCUUCGGAGGCUGGCCUGCCCGUGGCUCUCCCUUUCAAGUCCAAGCCUCGGACGGCAGAUGAGCUUCAGCGCCGUGCCCAUGAGGCGGCCAUUCGGGCAAGGAACAAUCCCGCGAUGAAUCAGAAUAACGUGCCUACGGUAAAUUUCCCUAGUUCCAUGGGGCAUCAGCAGCCAAGGGGCAAUGGCAAUCCCAUGAUGAAUCCGACGAGCAAUCCACCCUCCUCGAGUCAGCCGGAUGAUUUUUUGGCGGAACUCGACGAAAUGCUCGGGAAGGCUGGACGGCGCUAA